AUAGACCAGACAGACGGACUGCAAGAUUUAUUGCCGUCAACCUGAGGACUAAAGUAGUCGCGGUAGUAAUAGCAAACACACACGUGAGGUAGAGGCUUCAGAAAUCCUCCUCAAGUACCUUUCCCUGGUCUUAGCCACACACCCCGUCUAAUUCCAUUACUGGCCCAAGGUGUCUGUUCCUUAACUGUUGACAGGUUGUGGACACAGGAGUUGCAGAAGAAGCAGUUGUAGUUUGACACAAUCUAGUUCCCUCCUUUGUAACGUGAACAGGUUAUUGUUUACGACUAACUUUUCUCAAAUUCCUUUUUAGAAUACCUUUCACUGUUUUAAGCCCAAGAAUGACUCCACUCGAACGCCAUUUACUAAGGCAAACCGGCUUACAACUCCUCAAAGUCGAAAAUAAAUACCACCUUUUGUCGAUUAACAGAAAAGCAUGUUGUUUAUAUUUAUUAAUAUAUUUAUUAAUUUGUUAAUGUGGGGGGAUGGGCUCAAAUUAGGUAAAGAGGAAAAAACAUGUGUGCCUGCCCUGCUCUUUGUUGGUUUGAAGAAGUUUGAAUAUUGACAAGCCGUUAAAUCUCUGGGAUUAAGACACACCCAGUGGACGGGAGACCUUAUCACCAUUGGUAUUGAGUAUGAAGAAUACUAAGUAACACUGUUGGCUAUCUGAACACACCAGAUCUCUCCAAGCUCAUUCUGAGGUUUCUAUUUCCUGACACAUGUGUAGGAGAAAAAAAACAAGGCUGCGCAUACGAGUUGAAGUCCAAGUGUGCAGACACCGAGACAAUGGCCAGUCCUCAGCUCCACUUCAACACGGGGGCUGGGGGGCUGGCUAGUGGCUCGCGGGGGCAGCGCCGGCGCCGGGACCCCGGGCUGCAUGCCUUCCUACCACCGCCACCGCCACCACCACGUAGGCCUUGCUUGGCACCCAGUCCGGGGUUGUGGAGGACACUUACUCAUGGAAAAUGUAACCGGAGACACACAGCUGUCCCCUCAGAGAGACACACCAGUGUCGCAAUCUAUUUGGUGGUUGAACGACAAUUUAUUUUUCCACCCCCGUUCUGUUUGGCUUGUUACUAUUAACACAAUAGAAAACGAUAAAGUUAUAAAAGAAGGUGAUUUGGUCAGGCCCCGUCCUUUAAAACAAUCAUACAUACUGUAUUUCCAUAACUGGGAGUGUGUCUUGACAGGACUUUGGCACUGACACGGUAGCCUGAGUGGAAAUAACCAUUAAGAUCAAUCAAAGGGGGCUUGGUGCGUGCAAUGAGAACGGCACCCUGGAAGGCGGUUCCUAUCAGGUCAGCCGGGCUCCAACAUGGCCUGCCCUGCUGGUAUGUUUGGAUGUACCACUGCUGGGAUAAGGAGGGAAGGGAACGCGUCUCCGUUCGGGCCAAGGAGACAGAGCAGCUGUCUGAUGAGUGAGCCUGCCGUCCUUCAUGUCUGCCAGCGUUAUGGUCGACGUGGACAUCCCUUACGGCCCCCCCUCUCCCCUGGAAGACUCUGUCCUGGGGAGCCCUCUGUGUAGCCCCUCUCCCCUGGAGGACUCGAUGCUGGGCAGCCCCCUGUGCAGCCCCUCGCCGCUGGACCACUGCGCCCUGCACAGCCCCCUGUGCAGCCCCUCUCCUCUGGGCCACUCCGUGCUGGACAGCCCCCUGUGUGGCCACGAUGGCUUCAUCGGAGGCAUGGAGGGGCUGCAGGCCAGGUCCAAGUCCAUGGACGACGACGCCUUCAGUUCUCUGGGCGCGCACGAGUACCCGUCCUCCAGCACCGGCUCCGGGUCCGAAGGGUCCACCGCCCUAGAUGCGCUGACCCCGGCGUCCAGCCCCUCGUCGGGGGUCUACUCGUCGGCCCCCGCGGGCCCCGAGGAGGUCAGCUCCCAGGCCUCGGCCCUGAACCUGGAGUGCCGGGUGUGCGGUGACCGUGCCUCGGGCUACCACUACGGCGUGCACGCCUGCGAGGGCUGCAAGGGUUUUUUCCGGAGGACCAUUCGCCUGAAGCUUGAGUACGACAAGUGCGAACGCCGCUGCAAGAUCCAGAAGAAGAACCGAAACAAGUGCCAAUACUGCCGCUUCCAGAAGUGCCUCUCAGUGGGCAUGUCUCACAACGCCAUCCGCUUCGGCCGGAUGCCCCAGUCGGAGAAGCUGAAGCUGAAGGCGGAGCUGGUGACGGGGGAGCUGGAGGUGGAGGACCCCCGUCAGGCGGACCAGAAGACCCUGGCCCGGCAGAUCUACGAGGCCUACCUGAAGAACUUCAACAUGAACAAGGCCAAGGCUCGCACCAUCCUCACCGGCAAGACCAGCACCCCCCCCUUCGUCAUCCACGACAUGGACACCCUGCAGUUGGCCGAGCAGACCCUGGUGGCCAAGAUGGUGGGCACGGGGGGCGGCGGCCUGCUGGACCGCGAGGCGGAGGCCCGCAUCUUCCACUGCUGCCAGUGCACCUCGGUGGAGACGGUGACGGAGCUCACCGAGUUCGCCAAGUCGGUGCCGGGCUUCGCCGAGCUGGACCUCAACGACCAGGUGACACUGCUCAAGUACGGUGUGUACGAGGCGCUGUUCGCCAUGCUGGCGUCGUGCAUGAACAAGGACGGGCUGCUGGUGGCGUACGGCGCCGGCUUCAUCACGCGCGAGUUCCUCAAGAGCCUGCGGCGGCCCUUCAGCGACAUGAUGGAGCCCAAGUUCCAGUUCGCCAUGAGGUUCAACGCCCUGGAGCUGGACGACAGUGACCUGGCGCUGUUCGUGGCCGCCAUCAUCUGCUGUGGAGACCGGCCGGGGCUGGUGAACGUGGGUCACAUCGAGCGCAUGCAGGAGAACAUCGUGCAGGUGCUGCGGCUCCACCUGCUGGCCAACCACCAGGACGACGCCUUCCUCUUCCCCAAGCUGCUGCAGAAGCUGGCCGACCUGCGGCAGCUGGUCACGGAGCACGCUCAGCUGGUGCAGGAGAUCAAGAAGACGGAGGACGCCUCGCUGCACCCGCUACUGCAGGAGAUCUACCGUGACAUGUACUGACGGGUGGGGAGGUUGGAGCGUGCGGAGAGCAGCACGAGCAGCAAGCAGCAGAAGCGAAGGAAUUCUCCAUCAGCGAGUCGUCCGUACCACUGAAAGCCUACCUGCGAAGGAGUCAAGGCCUGCAACGCGGAGGAGCGCGCCUUUUGUAUUAUGCCGUGAAAUAGCCUACAAUCCCACAAAGCAAAGUUCGGAGAAGUCUGCCUUCGGAGGCGUCUCGGCUCACCGCUCGCCUCUCUUAACUCUACACGGGGGCCCA